AUGUCUUCCAGCCGCACCCAGAAGAACCUCCAGCAGGAGCUGGACGACAACGACUUCGAACUCUCACAGGCCCAGUACCUUGAGAUGGUUGAGGAGAUCAAGAAACUCCGUGCCUACAUCCAGGGACAGGCCAGCCAGAACAACGAAGUAGAAAAACUCAAGGCCGAGGUCAAGACACUUCGAAGCGCCGCCAACAUCGUCAACACCCCGGUCAAACCCAAGGAAUCCAUCAAGCUCGCCAACCCAACCCCCUAUGAUGGUUCCCCGGGACAGUUACAGGCCUACCUCACCCAGGUUAGGGCUUACCAGCGCUUCCACGGCCUCGACAAUCAGUCCGAUGGAGAACGAGUUAUGCAUGCGGCCUCCUUCUUGAAAGGACGGGCCCUAGCAUGGUUCGAACCUUACCUCACGGACUUCCUCGAAAAAGACGAGUUCGAACAAUGCAAGCAAGAAACCCAGGACAUCUUCAGCAACUUCAAGAACUAUGAGCUCGCCCUCAGGUCACUCUUCCAGGACCCGGAUGAGGAACGACAAGCAGAAAGGGAACUCAUGAGACUACGCCAGAAGGGACCCGCCACAACUUACGCCGCGGAGUUCCGCCGAAUCUGUGCCAGAGUCGACUAUACUGACACCACGAAGAUCUUCAUGUUCUACAACGGGUUGAAAGACGAAGUGAAGGACGAACUAUCCAAACUGGACCGACCGGACGAUUUCAUUCAAUACGUGGAAUUGGCCAUCCGAAUCGACAACCGAAUCUACGAGCGCAAACUCGAGAAGAAGGGGCAGGACCCAACACGUCCCUUCCGCCAGCAAAACAAGCCAAACUCCGGAAAACGGUACCAGCCACGGACAACAGCCAGCGGGCAGCAUUCGGGCCCAAUGGAACUCGACGCCGCUCAAAAGAAACCUAGAAAGGACGUCGAAUGCUACAACUGUGGCAAGAAAGGACACUUCGCACGAGAUUGCCGAAGUAAGAAGAAGGAUGACUGGAAACCAGUACCAGAGCAACGACAGGCCAACCUGGCCACCAAGGAACCCGCGGAAAACCAUGCGUCCACGAGCUGGACGGCGUGCUACAACGACAACUGCAAUACGCACCUUUCGAGCAAAGAAGCGUCAGGAUGGUUCCCAAAGGCGCCCAAGGGCCAGAAGACUCUCGCAGUAGCAGAACGGAAGCCACUCGCGAUCGCAGUCGGCACUAACCAGGUAGCACCUCUAGAUCUGAAGGACUGGAACCCCCACGAGCAGGUAGGUAAGGCACCCCCCGUGGCACCUGACACCAGCAUCACCCGAAUUGCGAUCCCAGGACGGGAUAGGAGCGCAGUGACAUCAGCGGUCCGCGAAGGACUCCCUGCGCUGCCACCAGCGCGUUUUCCCAACGACGACCCUCGAAUGCACCAUCAGCACCUAAACCACAAGGAAAUCUCAUGGGCUUCGUGCAUCUUCGACAGGUGUGGGAUACACUACGCAAGCAAGAUCAAGGAGGAUUUCUUCCCCGAACGGCUAGGCAUGAUGGAGAUGGCAAGGCUCUAUGAGCAGAAGGAACUGCAAUACUGGAGCAUCCAACAAUACUCCCCGGGCCAAGGAUAUGCGAUCCUCGAACUUCGGACAGACUACCCCCUACACUGCCUACGGAACCCUGGACCAUGGAGGCACUGUCUGCAGACCAGCUGUCAGAUACACCUCAAACUGAAACUCCAGGACUGGCACCGACGCUGCCAACCCGACGUAGUCUCACCGCUCAACAAAGAAGACAUGACGCCGAAAGACCUCACUACCGCAGCACAAGCGCUGAGGGCAGCAAAAGGGCUCACACAAGGAGCCAUCCAACGGAUUGAGAAGAUCCUGGUAGAAGACCAGAUGACAAAAAACGACCAAGGCCGAGUCUAA